ACCCUACUCUCCUCCAUUAGUCAUUCAUUCUUUGUUUGUUACCAGUGUGAUUUCCAGAAAGAUCCACCUCUUAUCUUAUCAAUUACCACUUUGUUCCAAACCAAAUCAUUCUUUAUAUAUUCAAUAAUUCGUUAAUCGUUAGGUAUAUAUGCUGAUAUAAGUACAUGCAACUUAAAACUCAAAUCUGUUGCACAGAAAGAUCCAUAUAUGUUCAAACAAAUCAUGAUUUUUCCUCUAAAUAGAACAACAAAACAAUAACCACUUACUUGCCUAACUAACAAACAUACCAAAAUAGAUAUGUUCCGGUCUAAUUCACCGCUGGAUAUUCACUCAAAUCAUUUGUUAAAAAAAAAACACUAUAUAUAACAUAUUUUUGCAUGCCCAUUUAUAAAAUCACCUCCUUCCUCUUCCUUAAAAAAACCUAAUCCACCACCUUGUGCUCAAUCACAAACACAAUAUAUACACGUUUCCUUUUAUAUAUUACACACACAAUGUCAACCGCUACCCAUAUCACCAUCCUCGGGAUGAUCUUCGUCCUCCUCGCCGCCUCAUGCAGAAGCGCGGCAGCAUUUAGCCUCUUUCUCGACGACCCUUGCACGGUGACGGAUUUUCCUGCAUUGUGCAGAGGCACCAUUAAGGGUCAAAGGAAUGUGAACGCAGCUACGGAUGUGGCCAUAGCAGAGCUAAUGAAGAGGACGAGGCAAGCCAGAGAUAUCGCCAAGAAAGAGCUGAAAGUACUUGACGGAGGUGUUUCGACUUGUUUGUCCAACUUCAAUAGCGCGUUUGACAAUUUGGACAAGGCCCUUAAGAACAUUAAGGAAGGCGAUCGUUUUAGCCUUAACAUUAACCUUAGUGCUGCGUUAACGGACUACGAUACUUGCAGCGAGACAAUGAAGGGAACUCCGGGGAAUAACGCCAUUUAUAAAUCCGCAGGGGUUUUGUACAAGAUGGCUGAUAAUUGUUUGGCUCUUUCUACCCUUUUUAAUUAAGCUAUGAUUUACCAACGAAAAUUGUGGUUUCAGAGAGGAAAAAAUAAUAUAUACAUUGCUUUUAUGGAGUAUAUAUUUAUAUGUUUUUAAUUUGGACUAAUUUCGGAUUUAAAAAGAAAAUUGUGGAAAGAGGAAGAUCUUGUGUGUAUGUAGGUGGAAAUUGUUUGGAUAUCGGUUUCUAAUUCAAACAUGUCAACUUUUGUUUCAGUCCUAAAUGUUUUUAUUUGUAAUGUUAUAUUAGUUAAAAUACUGAUGAUCUGUUUCUCCUUGAUCUCCUUUUAUUAGAGUUUAUAGCUCUAAACAAAAAUUGGAAUUUGGAGAGGGGAAAAACCAUAUAUAACAACAGCCAUAGUACAUGUUUUAUCAAGUUUCUAGGGGUUUUUUUGGAGGAAGGAGAUCAUAUUUCAUUACCGACUUAAACAUGCAAGUGAAACUUUUUCAUUUUUAUGAUGUUUCAAGUUUUACGAAAAUUGUAGUUAACUUUUUUUUAGUAAAAUUUCAUUUGCCUAGCUAGUUACAAUUAGGAAAUAAUCUUAUAAGUAUCUUUUUAUUAAGUCGUAUGAGUCACGUACGAGCAAGUAGAGAUUCAAAUGCAUAUGGAAAGUUGUCGAUAAAUUGAGGUCUCCACAAAGGAAAGUCCUCUUCUUUCUUUUUUUUGCUGUGCUUCUGUUUGAGACCUUUUACUACAACAUGAUGGACUUCUCUUUUUAGGCGUGGAAGAUAAAGUGGCUGAAUUGGUCCAUCUUGACCACUGCUUGGUGUUUUGGUCGCCGUAUUUCUAAAUAAGGAAACUUGAUCACCUUGAUUGCGUCCUUGUCUCCAUUGACAUAAUUUGUCACUAUCUCUCUAUGUAGUUUAAUUUAGACUUUAGGGGCCUUUUGCUAGACCUGUGGCUGUGAGUGACAGUUUCUGAGAGUUCAUAUAUACUAUCUUUGUCUUAGUAUAUUUUAUAAUAAUCGAAGUAUCCUAGAUUAAAGCCGAUCUAUAGAAAUGUGGAAGACACCUCCAUCUAUAUGAAAUUACCUAACACAGAUUUAUUUCCCCAUCUUGUAACACGUUAAGAAAAGCUCUUAAAGCGAUCAGCCUAUCACAUGUUCAUUGUCUAGUCUUAAUAUAUUAUUCCCUUUUUCUAAAUUUGAACAUGCAGCAUUGUAUCUAUAAUAUUUUUUAUGGUAAAAAUCAAUGGACAGCUCACAAUGAAAAUCCAUGAUGAUGCACCCUUAGCGAAGAUCAUGCAUGGUCCGAUCAGUAAACGUCUAUCCUUCACGCCGCGUUUGUAAAUAAUGACUCAUCAUAUCAUAUUCUCAUAAUAACUCCAACGCCGAAUCGUACUUUGUUUCAAAUAGUUUACAUCAUACUCGUUAAUGAUCUCAAUUAACUGGUAUCGGUCGAGGUAAAAUUGAAAAAGGUUGAGCUCGAGGCUGCUUUAGAGACACUAUCAUUGCUCUUACAUCAAACUGUUCCCAUUCUCCUUUUGUUAGCUUUAAUUUUCAUCUUUAAUUAUCUUGGCCUAUUUUUCCUUCUCUCUCCUCAAAGGGAGUCCGAUUGUUUUGAAGUUAUUCGUGAGGUUUGGUCAACUUUUUGUGGCUGAAACGAAACCAAAUAAGAAAUGAUAAUUUUAAGAAAAUAAGAAAUUAGAGAGGAAAGUAGUGUACGUGCACCAACUUAAUGCUCAUGCUUUAAAAUUUAUUAUAGCUAGAGACGCACAUAAAACUAUUGUUUAGCAUUUUACUUUAGUUGAUGCAUUGCAUCAAAAUCUAAACUAUUGGCAUCUGAAUUACUAUCUCUUAUAUGAAACGCUUUUAUUUUUAUUUUGUGCGGAUGGAUGUGAUAUUAGUAAAGGUGUUGCAUUGCGUUAACACAUCUAAAGCAGUCAAUCAUGUUUUUCUUAAUGAUGGAAAUGAAUGUUAAUAACCCAAAGGCAAACAUGACAUGUUUACAUGCUUUUGGCUCUCAAUCAUUCCCUUGAUUUUAAAAGACUGGACAAUAUCAUUCUAACAAAGACACUCUCGAGUUUCUUUCUACUUGCUUUCUUAUAGACUAUUCUUCUCAACCAAGCUAUGUAGUUAUAAGGUGAAUAGAAAUGUAAGAAGUAAAAUUUUGUCUACGGUUUUCACCAACACGAUAACCAACCACUUGACUGUUUUGUUUAUUUUUCAGUGGCAAUAUAAAGUAAACGAUAUGAUAUCAAUUUUCAUAGAGGAGAACCGGAACCCAAAUAUGAUAUUUGAAAUGUCUACGAUGUAUCUUGCUAUGGUACAAUUUCUCAAGUAGUCUGUAUAUACCAUACGAACCAAACUCAUAUGUAUAUGUAGCUACGUUUUUGUUAUAUAUUGAAUAUACUGGCAUUUGGCCUAAAUCAAAGUUCAAAAUGUUUUUUUUUUUUUUUUUUUUUGUCAUCAGCAUAAACAGACUCAUACAGACUCUGUGAACCAAACUGGGAGAUGUCGAUCCAUGUGAACGACGAAAGACGGCUGCUUCCUAACACUACGUGCUAGGCUAUCCGCCUUUGUAUUUUGCGUUCUUGGCACAUGGACAAUCUCUGAGCGGGAAAAACUCUCUUUCAGUACUUUAAUAUCAUCUAAAUAACUUGCAAAAGCUGGCCAUUCUUCUGGUUCCGAAACCAUCUUCACCAAUUGAGAACAAUCCGUUGCAAAUGUAACCUGAAAUUGUCGUAAGUUCCUCAUACACUCCAUUGCCCAAAGUAAUGCUUCCAUCUCCGCAUGUAGAGGAGAUAGACUAGCCCUAACAUUCCUUGCUCCCAUCAAACCCUCAAAACCUUCUAAAGUACUAAACCACUCCUGACCAGAGAAACCGCUAUCCUCCUUCCAGGACCCAUCUGUGAAACACCAUCUUCCUUGGUUUAACGGUGCUGCCGAACCCUCUACAUGUGGCCCUGCCAAAGUUCAAAAUGUUAAUUAGCAAAUUAGUGUGGAUAAGUUUAAGAAAAUCAAACCAUAAAUCUUCAAAAGAAAAUAUCGGGUUUCAAUAUUAUUUAAAGAACGUGCUCUUGGAGUUUGGAUGUUGGAACCUAAGUACUCAAUGCAUAUAUAUAUAUAUAUAUAUAUAAAGAACAUGCUUGUCUACUUCUUUUGGAAAUCAUUAUUGCAAAAUGCUUAAGACUUAUGAGAAAUUAUAUAUAUAUAUAUAUAUAUAUAUAUAACAAUUAGCCAAAUUGUUAAAUAUUUAGGAAAGGACAAUGUACACCUUUGGUAUAUUCACGAGAAAUCAAACAACAACUAAUACGUACCAAAAUUUAUUUGACAAAUUGGAAACCAAAGGAGAGGUUAGUUUCUUUUUUGACACGGUGGAUUGAAAUAAAUUAAUGUUUAUUUGCUGAG